AUGUCUACCGCAGACAUUGAACCGCCGUCCUACCAUGAAGCCAAUUCGGAACCACGCGCCAUCCCACUCAUCAUCCAACUACACCAACACUCUCCUGGUCAACUUCUGGACGAGCAUUUGAUGACAGCCGGCAAAUUGCUCAGCGAACAAGGCGAUGCUAUCCUGCUGCCUACCACGACCACGUACCAAGAAGCUCUCACGUUACUCAAAGGUCGAGUGCUGGCCCGCGCUGCUCUGAUGGCAUCUUCUAAGCAGUACAGAUUCUUCUGUAGACUGACUGCGAUGAUUGAUGGGCAACAGAUUCUGCUGGAAGAAGGAAGUUGGUUGGCUGCGAGACAUUUCUUGCGGUAUCAUGACGAUGCGGAGCUGCAUUUUCUGUUCAGCAUUGUGCCUACGAAGUAUAGUGGUGAUGGAUUGUUGGAGACGAUGCGCAGGAAGUUUGGAGGAGCCGAGAUGGAGAAGAUAUGUUUAAUCGAACUCGGUUUGUGA